GAGCAUACGGUGCGCAGGAUAUCUGUGUUACAGCCGCCACACCAUAAUCACACGGCAGCCGUGGCCGCCGCCGCCGCAUACUCGUCGCCAAUCUUCACCACUAAGUCAAACCACCACUCGUUAGGCUCGGCGUCCAUAACGAGCGCCACCGCCGCAGCCGUCGCUUCCCAAUUGCCAAUCACCAUAUCGUCGUCCCAUACGGUG